CCGUCGGACGAGCCAGUUGGUAACAGACCUUCGAGCAGGUCGGAUGCGCGAGUCGGUGGCUGCGUUCUCUGUCCCCGUGUUCGGUCGAGCGUUUUCUCGAUCCGAUCGCGUCCCCGGACGUGUCAGCGUCGCAGAGGUGCGAGUCCCGCGUCCCCCGAUCAGGAACGGCGAGUGCCAUCGUCGUCGUCAUCAUCCGCGCGACGUCGCGCCGACGAUCAGCUGCCAUGGGGCUCGUUGACGGGAUUAUUUGACCCACGGGAACGACUCCAGGCUCGUCGGUGGGAUCGUGAGUCGUCUCGCGUAAGCGCUGCAAAUCGGUAUGCACUGCCUAGGCGCGGUGACAGGAGGUGGUACCUCCAGCCCGAACGGGGCUGGCGGUCGGGGUGGUGUUCUCAACGUGUUUCGAGCCCUUGGAGUCCUUGUGUGUGAAGGAAGAAUCCAGGGCCCUCCGCGUGGUUACAAAGAGGGCCCACACUGCGCACCGCCUAUGCAGGCGGUUCCGAACGACCACGUGUGCGACGAGAACAACUAUCUGUGCAAUCGAUACCGAGUACUAGUUCAAGAGAUCGCUGAACGCCUCUUCAGCGCGUCGUAUCUAUGCGUGGAAGUGCUUCUGUGCAACGACUGUCCGUGCGGUUUGGGAAAAUCCACAUGCAAAUAUCCCGUGUACCCCGUGCCAUCCUUAUCCAUCUCGCCAUGGCAAAAAUGUUCCUCGGAAAUGUUACUGGAAUACUGGUGCAUCUGCGUUGUCCCGAGCAAGAAUCCAGAACCAAUGAAUUUCCAAGGGUUAUAUCAGGCGGUACGUUCGCGAUUACACUUCAGCCAAGUCGCGGCAUGGUGGUCGCGCAGCAACGGCGCGGAGCCGAGCUACAUUGCCACCCGAAUCGUGCCGUACACCGAGGAUAAUCUCAGUAAAUUCCGAGAGACGCCAGUGGAGCAUACCUUCCCCUUAGCUGGUAACGGUGACGGAAAUUCCAUCAAGGUAACGGUUUGGGCAUUGCCACGGAUGGAGGAAGUGCCUGUUCUCACGUGCUCGCUGCAUCCGAAAAAAGAAAAGGACGAGGAAGACAUCGCGAGGGCGUUAACACCCACAAAGAACAUCCCGUUGGGCUCUGUCAGCGUACAAAAUGUCUUCGAGAGCCUCGUCUUGCCUGUUCUGGUGGAUGAUAGGCUGCAGACUACCUGCAAUAAAUCGGGCAAGCAUGACUGUCGUUGCGAGGAGGAGGAUACGUCUCCUUUGUCGCCCACCAUCAGAUCUAACGGUGAACGAAAACGUCGUCGAUCGCUUCCCUGCGGCCCGGCGGAGAGCCCCUUACAAUCCGCACCGUUGCCAUCCGUUCAAGAAUGCAUUCUACAAGAAAUAAAAGACAACAUCAAUUCGUCCAGCUUAAACUCGGGAAGUUCCAUCGAGAUGGCAAACAACAAUCGUAGUGUCACGCGGACUCUUCAGAACAAAUUGGAGAACAAGGAUGAAGUGAGGACUCGUAACAACCUAAAUUCAGAUCACUUGGAGCGUUGGUUCAAGAUGCAGUUGAAGAUCGAGAAGGAUGAAGGCAAUUUGGAAAAACGUUGCAAGCGCACAAACACUAGUGAAGUCCCGGAGAUUGUCAACUCGAAGGUCAAUGUUCGAAUUGAAGAAAGUUACAAUAAUUUCGCUAACAAUUUCAAUAAUUCUGGAACUGAGCCAGGUGGCUCGUCAGAGGUUACAUCCACGGCAAAAAGUGGUGGACUAUUGGACAAUCUCGGGAGUGCCUUUACUCCCAGCUGGUCUUUCGUCUCUUCUUGGCAAAACAGCAAUAUGAAUAGUAAAUUUCAGAGUUUUCGCGGCGCAAAGAUUCGUUUCAAUGAUUCCGAGAAGAGUUACAAGUCGCCGAUCUUUGCAGAUGUGUCCAGUCAUACUCCAGCCGGUCCUUAUGCUCAGCCCAACCCUUUCCAUGAAUCGAAUCCCGGACCGUCAACGUAUAAAUUAUUGCAGAAGCUAGAUAACUCCGCUUGCACUGUACAUCAGAGUUGUUCCAAGGAUGUCAAUAAGAUUGUUGCAGAGGUGCGAGUAUCGAGCGACGAGUUAGAAGUUAACAAAGAAGACAAUAUCGCUAAGAAUAAUCAGAGAAAAGCCGGUAAACGAGAUCAUUUGAUGUGGACGCUAUCGUCUUCCGAUGAGAAAGACAAGAGGGAAGAGGGAGGAUUAUUUGAUUGGUUCAGCAAGGUACCUGGAAGAGUCUUGAGUGUUGCCACUACCAAGGGUUAUAUCGAUAGCGGCAAGACAAAGAACGCAAGUUUAAAACAGCGGGAGCAUUCAACUGGACAACAAGACACCAAUCAGGAGGUCAAAUUCAAGAAUUGCAAUUUAGAAUUGAGUCAACGAGAGGUUGAUGAAGUAUUGGCGGUACUGCGAGCGAGAACACCAUCGGGUCGUAGAAGAACUACUGUCAAGAAUGUGAAGAAACGCGGAGAGCGGCCCAGUGAGAGAGGCAGUGAUGAUACAGUAGAGAAGGUUUCGCCAAAGUGCGCGAAUUCGGACGAAGGAAUAGCUCAGAGUAACUCCGUAAAUCGCAACAUCGGAACUGUCCGAGUUCUCAAGUCUUGUGAGGAUUGUAACCACGGAUUAUGUAAAAAGAUAGAUCACCAAGUACCGGAAGAGCAAUCGAGCCCUUUGGAUCGAGUCUAUUAUGACGUGAACGUUUAUCAUCCAGCACGUUCGAAACUUACUGGCAACAAUACUGAUAGAUUGAGCGAAGAUCCGCGCGUGGAAAACGCGGACCGUUUGCAGAAUGUUUCCACUAAAGCGGACGUGUUGCUCGGAGCUAUUCUGCGGACUACCAAGGAUCCUGAAAAGAGCAUGUCCGACAUUUCAUCCAAUGGGACCAGAUCGAGAUCAACGAUUAACAUCGACGAUGAUAGCAGUGAUGAUGAUCUUCAUUCUUCGAACGCCGAUCAGCAGGACCAUAGGACAACUGCCAUCUCGUCCAAUGACGAGAAAUCGUUGCCAUUGAACAAAAGAUUCCAUCGUUUCCGGCAGUUAUUCAAGAAAGAAAUGGAUAAGAGAAUCGCGAUGAUGACAGAGGAGAGUCCAUUUUCGCCGGAGAGCUCGCCGAAUUCAACGCAACUACCGCAAUGCUUGCAAAAUUUUACAUCGUUACGCUAUAACAACGAACAGCCAAAUAUAUACAACGGGAGAAACAGCCGAGCGAAAAGGCGAAUCGACUUUGCGAACGAGGAGAUCGGCGAGGAAAAAGAGGCUGCAACGAUGGUUCCGAGACUUAGUACAAAAGACGCACAUCAAAAUUCACGCAAAAUACAUAGUACAAAUAGCAACGAUCGCAAAUAUAACAAUUCUGCGAGCCUAAAUAAUCGGCAGAAUCAUCACGAUAGACGAUUGCUCGAAGGUACAAAGGAAUCUUCUGAAGUCGAGGAUGGAGAAUGCAAGAUCGCGAAGGACAUUGUUGCUGUUCAUCGAAAGAAUGAUACGACUAGUCCGACCACUCCGCAGAGUGGACACUCGUCUUCCAAGGUACGAAACAACAAUAACAAGGAUGAUAUAGCGAUGACAGGAGACGAUGAGACUGUCGACAAGAGCGUGCCGUCCGCUCUCGAGCAAGAGAGAUUUCGUAGAUCUCUGGAGAAUGCGGCGUCAAUGGUGUUCCAUAGUAGAACUGGUCUGCCGCUAACUUCCAGUCCGGCACCCUUGAGGAGAGGUAGCUGUUGCUUCGACUAUGACAGCAGCUUGAAUUCCGUCUCCUCGAAAAGAAAUGCGUUAUUUGAAUUGAACACACCGCCGAGUCCAGGCGCAGUCUCAUUGGAAGAAACUGAUCGUGAGACGGAGAUUGUUGGUGAAGGCGAAGAGAUGCCCAAGAGACGCUCUAGCUCCCGCCACCGACCUCAGAGUCACGCUCUUCUAGGUAGCUUCGAGGAAUCGGCGUUGAACGGCAGACUCGAGCCGGUAUCUACGGUUCAUGGCUUCACAGCCGAACUCGGAGCUAGCGGUUCCUUCUGCCCGAAACACCAGAAGCUUCCAGUCACUGUAUUCUUUUACACUCUCGGUGACAACGACAAAGUCUCCACACCAUACCUUGCUCAUAUUAAUCUUGAGAAAAAGGGCUAUCAGGUACCAAGAAAUGGCACCAUCCAAGUAACUCUUCUCAAUCCACUAGGUACAGUCGUUAAGAUGUUCGUAGUAUUGUACGAUCUAUCUGACAUGCCGCCGCGAUCUCAUACUUUUUUACGUCAAAGAACACUGCGGGACAAAACACUGCGCUACCUCGUUCAUCUUAGAUUUAUGUCCAGCAAAUCGGGUCGAAUUUAUUUGCAUACGGAUAUCCGUAUGAUCAUCUGUCGUAAGUCCGACGUGGACACAGCGUCGGACUUGGGCUCGGAACCGCCGAAAGAACUCAGGAGUUAUAUCCACGGCCCUACGAAUCCGAAAUUUUCACCAAGGUGCUGAGCCACGUGGUAUUUUCCAUGGAGCUGCUGUCAAUCGUUCCGCCCGCCCAGUCCCCCUCAAGUCGAAGUGUGAUCGCGAUAAAUGAUUGGACAAGAUCCAAAUUGGAGAUUGAUUUUUGUUCUAACUCUUUGCGAUUGAUAAUGCAGACAAUUAAGAUGAUUUUUUUUUCAUAUUAAUAGAAAGAAGUAAACAAAAGAUUUGUUCUUAUUAUUUAUUAUUUUUGAAUUGUUCUGUUAAAUUUAUAAAACACCGGGAACAGUUGUAAGAAUAAGUUAUCAUGUUAAAGUUGUAAUAAUAUUAAGACGAAAAAUGUAUGUACAUAAUUCUUUCAAAUUAAAUAUUUUUUUUAAUUGUUUUUUUUUUUAUUGCGAAGAGUUAAUAAGGGAGGGGAGUGGUCACGAAUCAAAAAUACACAAGAGUAUUAUACGGAAUGAUUAUGCAAAUAGAUCAACCGCUCACGUUGGAAGAAUAAUUUAUAAUAACAUCAUUCUUCGUGAUACAUCUCUUCCUUUUCCUUUUUCGGAUAAUUGUAAUAAAUUCAAAACAUCAAGUUUUUUUUGCGUUGCUUGGCAGAGAAUCAAGUGUUAAUCAAGCGAAAAUUAAGAGAUUGUGAAAUUGUUCCAGCAAUUAAGUUCCAAGACAAUUGAUUCGUGAAAUUAAUCAGAAUUGCGAUUACUCUCCCAGUGUCAUUUUGUGAUGUAUGGUUCAUGUUUGCAAUAUAGAAAUAUAGCAAUAUAGAAUAUUGCGUAUAAGGACAGUGAUAAUUUCGUGUACAAUAUCUAUGUUUUAAAUUUAUUUUUGUACCAUAGCAAUUAUAAUAUUACAUUUUAAAAAUUCUGUUAUACUAAAUUGAGUGAUCCUUUUAUUUCUAAUUGAACCAUUAAUUAUGGAAAUUAUUAUUGUUCUAUUCGAAUCUCACAAUUUAUCUGAAAAUUUCUGUCUUAUGCAUAAUAUUCAUUCUAUAGUGCAUGCUGCAGACCGGCAGUUUAAUUUAUGAAAUUUA